GGGGAGCGGCCCGAGAGCGAGUGGCCGGCGGGCGCCCCGCCCCCCGCGGGUAGUGACCAGGCGCCGCGGCCGCGCCGCUCUCGGGGCUCCCUUGGCCGCUGCUCGCUCACCUGCGCGCCGGGGCCGCUCUCUGCCCAGUGCCCCAGUGCUCUCCAGCCCCCCAAUCCGUAGUCGCGAACCCGCCGAGCACCCCAGCGCCACGAUGAACUCGCUCUUCAGGAAGAAAAACAAAGGCAAAUACAGCCCCAAGGUGCAGACCAAGAGCAUCUCCAGCAAGGAGCUGUCAGGGCUCAUCGAGCAGCUGCAGAAGAAUGCCGACCAGGUGGAGAAGAACAUCGUGGACCUGGAGGCCAAGCUGCAGAGCGACCUGGCCCGGCUCCAGGAGGGCCGGCAGCUGGAGCACUGCGACGUGGCUCUGCAGAAGGUGUCGGAGUCAGAGAAGCUGCUGUACGUGCUGGAGGCCGACGCGGCCAUCGCCAAGCACAUGAAGCACCCCCAGGGGGACAUGAUUGCCGAGGACAUCCGGCAGCUGAAGGAGCGUGUAACCAACCUGCGUGGGAAACACAAGCAGAUCUACAGCCUGGCGGGGAAGGAGGUGGACCCACAGGUCAACUGGGCCGCACUGGUGGAGGAGAAGCUGGACCAGCUGAGCACCCAGGGCUUCGGGACCGACCUGCCACUGGUGGACCAGCAGGUGGAGAAGCACAACAUCUUCCACAAUGAGGUCAAGGCCAUCGGGCCCCACCUGGCCAAGGAGGGGGACAAGGAGCAGAACAGCGAGCUCCAGGCCAAGUACCAGAAACUGCUGGCAGCCUCGCAGGCGCGGCAGCAGCACCUGAGCUCGCUGCAGGACUACAUGCAGCGCUGCACAAAUGAGCUCUACUGGCUGGACCAGCAGGCCAAGGGCCGCAUGCAGUACGACUGGAGCGACCGCAACCUCGACUACCCCAGCCGCCGGCGCCAGUACGAGAAUUUCAUCAACCGGAACCUGGAGGCCAAGGAGGAGAGGAUCAACAAGCUGCACAGCGAGGGGGACCAGCUGCUUGUGGCUGAGCACCCCGGGAGGAACUCCAUCGAGGCCCACAUGGAGGCCGUGCAUGCCGAUUGGAAGGAGUACCUGAACCUGCUCAUCUGCGAGGAGAGCCACCUGAAGUUCAUGGAAGACUUCCACCAGUUCCGCAAAGAUGUGCAGGACGCCCAGGAGCUGCUGCAGAAGGUGGACUUGGACCUGAACCAGAAGUACAGCCCCGACUUCAAGGACCGAUACCAGCUUGAGCUGCUGCUGCGGGAGCUGGACGACCAGGAGAAGGCUCUGGACAAGUAUGAGGAUGUGGUGCGGGGUCUGCAGAAGCGGGGGCAGCAGGUGGUACCCCUUAAGUUCCGGCGGGAGACGCCUCUCAAGCCCAUCCCUGUGGAGGCCCUCUGUGAUUUUGAGGGUGACCAGGGCCUGAUCUCACGGGGCUACAGCUACACCCUACAGAAGAACAACGGGGAGAGCUGGGACCUUACGGACAGUGCCGGCAACAAGCUGAGCGCCCCGGCCGUCUGCUUCAUGAUCCCCCCCACCGACCCCGAGGCCCUGGCUCUGGCUGACAGCUUGGGCAGCCAGUACCAGAGCGUGCGGCAGAAGGCAGCCGGGAGCAAGGGCGCGCUCCAGCAGCGGCUCGAGGUGCUGAAGACAGAGUACCCUGGAGAUGCCUCUGACCUGCAGGGGCGGCAGCUGCUGGCCGACCUGGACAAGGUGGCCAGCGACCUGGACCGGCAGGAGAAGGCCAUCACGGGGCUCCUGCGGCCACCGCUGGAGCAGGGCCGGGCCGUGCAGGACAGCGCUGAGCGGGCCAAGGGCCUCAAGGACAUCAGCAGCGAGCUGCUGCGCAUGGAGCCCGACACUGCGCGGAGCACGGCAGCCUGUGAGGCCUUCGUCGGGGUGCUCCCGGGCAGCGGCUGUGUGCCCCUGCUGAGGACCCGCGUGGAGGACACCCGUGGCAAAUACGCUCGUCUGCUGCAGCUGCUGGACUCGGCCCAGGAGAAGCUCGACGUGGCCCACUGCCUGGAGAAGAGUCUGCAGCAGGGCCGCGAACUGCUGGCCGAGUACGAGAACCAGCUGGCUCGGGAUGACGUGGUGCCUGAGGGUGGCCGUGCCCUGGAUGACAAGAGGCAGGAGCUGGCCGCCAUGGCCUCCCAGCUGCAGGCCAGGAAGCCCCUCCUCAGCAAGGCCGAGCAGCACCUGCAGGUGGCCAAGCGGUGCGCGAGCACGUUGGCCAGCGGCUUCCAGGAGCACUGCCCGGAUCUCGAGCGCCAGGAGGCCGAGGUGCACAAGCUGGGCCAACGCUUCGACCACCUCUGCCAGCAGAUCGACCACAGGUCCCAGAGCCUCCGGGACGCCCAGGCGGCCUACGAGGAGUACCACAGCGGCCACGAGCACGUGUCUCGGUUCCUGUCCAGUGUCCCCAGUUACGAGCCCCAAGAAACAGACAGCCUCAGCCAGGUGGAGACCAAGCUGAAGAACCAGAAGAACCUGCUGGAUGAAAUAGCAAGCAGGGAACAGGAAGCAGAGAAAGUCUAUGCCAGUUCUCAGCAGUACCAGCAAGCGGUCAAGGACUAUGAGUUGGAAACAGAGAAACUGAAGUCCCUUCUUGACUUGGAGAACGGCAGCCAUGUGAGCAAGAGAGCCAGGCUCCAGUCUCCCGCGGCCAAAGUGAAGGAAGAAGAAGCUGCUCUUGCUGCCAAGUUCACUGAAGUUAAUGCUAUCAACAGACAGAGGCUGCAGAACCUGGAGUUUGCUCUGAAUCUGCUGAGCCAGCAGUCAGAAGGAGAAGUGACCCGUGAAACGCUGCAGGGGAGCAAGCCGGGCCCCGAAGGGGAGGAGACGUGGAGGAUGAAGAAGGAGCUGGACGAGGAGACCCACCGGAGGCAGCAACUGGAGAAGGAGGUCGCAAGCGCCCAGGAGGAAAUCCUGGUCCUGCAGAAUCAGAAGCCCCAGGAAUCGGUGGUGAGGAAGGAGGUGCUGAAGAAGGUGCCAGACCCCGCGCUGCAAGAGAGCCUCCAGCAGAUGCAGCGUACCCUGGCUGAGGAGCAGCACAAGAACCAGCUGCUGCAGGAGGAGCUGGAGGCGCUACGGCUGCGCACGCUGGAGCACGCGAGCAGGCCGGGCGGGCAGGAGUACAUGGUGAAGGAGGUCCUGCGCAUCGAGCCAGACCGUGUCCAGGCAGAGGAGGUCCUGCAGCUCAGGGAGGAGCUGGAGGAGCUGAGGCGGCAGAAGGGCACCCGGGAAGCCGAGGUGGCCCUGCUGCAGCAGCGCAUUGCUGCCCUGGCUGAGGAAAGGAGCAGGGCACAGGAGGUGGUCACGGAGAAAGAGGUGGUGAAGCUGCAGAACGAUCCCCAGCUGGAGGCAGAGUACCGGCAGCUGCAGGAGGACCAACAGCAGGAGGGCACACUGAGGGAGAAGCAAGAGGAGGAGCUGAGCUUCCUGCAGGACAAGCUUAAAAGGCUGGAGAAAGAGCGAGCCAUGGCCGAGGGGAAGAUCACCGUCAAGGAGGUGCUCAAGGUGGAGAAGGACCAGGCUGCGGAAAGGGAGGUCAGUGACCUCAAACGCCAGUAUGAGGAUGAGGCUGCCAAGGCUCGUGCCAACCAGAAAGAGAAAAAUGAGCUCCUCCGAAAGAUUCGAGCCUUGGAAGAGGAGAAUGCCAAGGUGGUGGUGCAAGAGAAAGUACGGGAGAUCAUCCGGCCGGACCCCAAGGCAGAGAGUGAGGGGGCCAACCUGCGCCUGGAGCUUGUAGAGCAGGAGAGGAAGUUCAGGGCUGCUGAAGAGCAGCUGAGGAGCUACCAGAGUGAGCUGGAGGCACUCAGGAAGCGAGGCCCCCAGGUAGAAGUCAAGGAAGUGACUAAAGAGGUGAUCAAGUAUAAGACUGACCCUGAGGUGGAGAAAGAGCUUCAGCGGCUCAGGGAAGAGAUCGUCGAAAAAACCAGGCUGAUUGAAAGAUGUGACUUGGAGAUUUACCAGCUAAAACAAGAGAUCCAGGCCUUGAGGGACACUAAGCCCCAGGUACAGACCAAGGAGGUGGUCCAGGAGAUCCUCCAAUUCCAGGAAGAUCCCCAAACGAAAGAGGAAGUGGAGUCUCUGAGGGCAAAGCUAUCGGAAGAACAGAAGAAACAAGUGGAUCUCGAGAGGGAGCGGGCUUCCCAGGAAGAGAAAAUCAAACAGAAAGAAGAGGAGCUUUCCCAGGUGAGGGAAAAGGUAGUCCAGCAGGAGGUGGUCAGGUAUGAGGAGGAGCCCGGGCUGCGGGCUGAGGUGGACUCCUUCACUGAGAGCAUUGACAUCGAGCUCAGGCAGAUUGACCACCUCCGCGGGGAGCUGCGCAGGCUGCAGCGGCGGCGAGGGGAGCUGGAGCGCCAGCUGGAGGAGCUGGAGCGCGAACGGCAGGCACGGCGGGAGGCCGAGCUGGAGGUGCAGCGCCUGAAGCACCGGCUGGCUGAGCUGGAGGAAGAGGAGGGGGAGGCCCGGGAGAAGGUGACCCUCAAGCAGAAGGUGGUGCUCCAGCAGGACCCCCAGCAGGCCAGGGAGCACUCCCUGCUCAAGCUCCAGUUGGAGGAAGAAAAGCACUGGCGACAGGUCCUGGAGAGCGAGCUUGAGACCCUGAGAAAGAAGCUCCACCACCUGGAGAAGAUGGAGGUCAAGGAGAAAGUGGUCUUCUCCGAAAGUGUCCAGGUAGAAAAGGGCGACACUGAGCAGGAGAUUCAGAAACUCAAGGGCAGCCUGGAGGAGGAGAGCCAGAGCAAGAGGGAGCUGGACGCAGAGGUGAGCCGGCUGGAAGCCAAAUUAUCGGAGCUGGAAUUCCACAACUCCAAGUCGUCCAAAGAACUGGACUUCCUAAGGGAAGAAAACCACAAGCUGCAGCUGGAGCGGCAGCACCUGCAGCUGGAGACCAGAAGGCUCCAGUCAGAAAUUGAAAUGGCAGCAAUGGCCGCACGAGACCUGAGCAGCACAGCCGCCGCUGGCUCAGGGAACAGCCUGGACUCCAGGCUGUGGUCCCUGGAAAGAGAACUGGAUGACCUCAAGAGGCUCUCCAAGGACAAAGACCUCGAGAUCGACGAGCUGCAGAGGCGCCUGGGCUCCGUGGCCGUCAAGAGAGAGCAGCGCGAGAACCACCUGCGGCGCUCCAUCGUGGUCAUCGACCCCGACACGGGCCGGGAGCUGUCCCCAGAGGAGGCCCACCGAGCUGGGCUCAUCGACUGGAGCAUGUUUGUGAAACUCAGAAACCAGGAAUGCGACUGGGAGGAAAUAUCAGUGAAGGGUCCGAAUGGGGAAUCCUCAGUGAUACAUGACAGGAAGUCAGGCAGAAAGUUCUCCAUUGAAGAGGCCUUAAAGAAGGGGCGGCUGACCCCUGCCCAGUACGAGUGCUACGUCAACAAGGACAUGUCCAUCCAGGAGCUGGCGGUCUUGGUUUCUGGGCAGAAAUAGGCUCAGCCCUUCUACAGGCUCCUCUUGGAAGCAGAUGCUGGCGCUCUCUUACGCAAUGUCCUCCUGGGUGUCUUCUGUUCCCUGGCCCUUGUGCAGUCUCCUCAUCUGGGCAGAGCUGAGCAUUUUAUCCGUGUCCUCCCUGCCAGGCUGCUCAGAGUCCACCUCACACACAAGCGGAGCGGGCACUGGCUCAAGGGCGAUUCUACAACCUGCAACACCUUCUUCUCUUCUUUCCUUGCACGCUGCUGUCAGCAGACUCCUUGUGACGCCUGGGACCAACCCCAAACCACUAAAAGCCUAAGAUGACCAAGACAGGCCCACCCAAUGCAGCACGGGCCUUCGUGUGCCAGACAGUGAAACUAGGGCAAAAGGGCCUUCUUUCCACGUACCUUUCUGUUCAUCAGGACUGAGCCGUGGGGACCACCAACCUGCAUUCCCACUCCCCCCGGUUUCCAUCAGAGGCUGCCUCCUAGGUGCCCAGCUUGGGGGACAGGUCUGGGCUGCGUGCCAGGGAAGGCUCAACAAAACCAGCCCAGGAUCUGGCCCUUGGUGAAGAAUGAAAGCCGUCACUAGACAUCCCAGGAAAAUGCACCAUCCGAGUGUUUCACGGUUCUGAAACUAAAGUUUGUUAAUAGUGGAUUGUAUUGUUGUUAACUUGGUUUCAUUCAGUGCCUUACGAAAGUCUUGCUUAUCUCCUUGCUGUUUAGGUAUACAAAACAGUUGAUUUUCACCAAAUGAACUUCUGGCUCUAGCUCUUAUUAUAUGCAGGAGAAUGGGAAGUAAUGGAGAACUUUAUUUAUAGCAUGACAAUAAAAACCUGGUGGCUUCACUCUAA